AUGGAGGGGAGGGAGGAGCGCCAGGACAACGCACGUGACAUGCGCAAUACCCUUGCCUCACAAACCGCAACACUCCGCGGAUUGUACCCGGACAGGACAAUUAUAGUCGUGAUCAAGCCUCUUCUAUCCGACGAGCAGUUCGCUGCUAAGGAGAAAGACGAGCUCUGCUUUAACGCGAAGGAGAAAGAGGUCCUUACUAAGGAUAAUAAGAUUAACUUUAACAGCUACGUUGUCACAAUAGAUAGCAACACUAUCUCCCUUAUCUAG